UACCAAGGAAGAAGAAGAAUUUUACAAUGACAUUUUACAAUAACCUAAAAGAUUAGAAAAAGUGAUUUUCAAAAAUUAUUUCUAAUCUUUUAACAGAUAGAGAUAGAGGUCAAUUGAUAUCAUUAGAGUUUAAAGUUUUAACGUAUGUUAGGAAUUUGAAUAUGUCUGACAAUUUGCCAGUGACCUGCGACUGCGGUUCAAGCGGUAGUUUGGAUUUGAAAACUCCUAGAAAUGUAUAUCUUUCUGCUUUUUACAAAAGGAGUUUUGCAUUCUACACAGUUGCCCACCGAAUGCCAGUGAUCUUAACAAAUCUAAUAGAUAAUUUAGUGAGGCAUAAAUCAGAAAUUAAAGAAAAAUAUGGAAAUGAAGCUCUAGAUGAGUUGAAAGCAAUUAUAGGAGAAAUAUCAGAGUUCAAAUAUGAGGUACAAACAAACAAGCCAUUAAAAUUGUUAAUUGGCGAUGCUCCAGAUGUAAAUAUUUAUAAUGAAUAUAUUAAGAAGCAAAGUGUUGCUGAAGGACAUACUACUCAUUUUCAUACUAUCUGGCUGUUAACAGAAUGUUACAUGUAUAGAAGGAUCAAACAGAUAUUCGAAACGAAACUCCAUCUUAAAGAUUAUGAUUAUUUCGAACAACAGAAGCAAGAUUCAUACACAGGAGCAAUUAAAUUAAUAGAAAACAUGAGUGAACAUGUUGUACAUGUUCUUAACAACCAAAAUCCAGCUGACCAAAACGAAUUUAUUAACAUGUUAAAACUCAAUUUAUGGGGAAACAAAUGUGAUUUAUCUUUAUCGUUAGGAAAAGCAAGUGAUCAUUCAUCGCUUUUUGAUACUGCUGCUUUAGAUCCUUAUAUUUUGUGUGACCAUUCCAAACAAAUCUGGGAAGGCAUAUCGACAGAUAAAAGUUCUGAUUAUAUAGAUAUUGUUUUUGACAACUCUGGGUAUGAAGUAUUUACUGACCUAUGUGUAGCAGAUUACAUAAUAACAAAAGGUUUAGCCAAAUCAAUGCGAUUGUAUGUAAAAACUAUACCUUGGUUCAUAUCAGACGUCAUGGAGCAAGAUUUCCAUUGGACAUUAAAACAAUUAAUGUCAAGCGAAAAUGUCAAUCUACAAGUAUUAGGGCAAAGGUGGUCCAAAUAUGUCGAAGAUGGAAUUUGGACAAUAGUCGCUUCAAAUUUUUGGACAUUGCCAUAUGAUUAUACCUACAUGGCCGACCUAGAUCCACAAUUGUACAAGAAACUUGGGGAAGCUAAGGCAGUAUUCUUCAAAGGGGAUUUGAAUUACAGAAAACUGUUUGGGGAAAAAAACUGGGAUCCAGCCACUCCUGUAGAUAUAGGUUUACAAUCAUUUCAUCCAUCAAAGUUAUGUAUAAUCAGAACUAUCAAAGCUGAUAUUGUUGCUGGUAUUCCUGAUGGCGUCGCAGAGGAAAUCGAAGAGAAGGAUCCCAAAUGGAUGCACAAUGGAGAGUAUGGAGUUAUCCAAUUUUCAAAAAACAAAGUUGCCAUUCAAUAAUUACAAGUGUUAGUAAAAAGUUUAAAAAUUAUAUAAUAAUAUGAUAUUGCUCGAAUUAAUGUUUUAAUGUAAAUAAUUUUUUGUUGUACUAUUGUGAUAUGUUUUAACUUUUUUGACAAAGUCUAUUAUAUCUGUUCCUAUAUUCUUCUUAUUUUGGCAUCAUAACCCCGGAUGGGUCUUUGCCCUUCUAGCUUGUCCUUCCAUUCAGAUUCUCUUGUGGCCUUCUCUUCUAUUGUCUUAUAUUCAUGGUUUUUGAGUCGUCUUCCACGUCACCAAUCAUCUCAUUCUGAACCUUCCUUUUUUUCGUCUUCCAUUGUAAUAUUUUCUUUGUUGUUUUUUAUCUUCUUAUCUCUGGACAUAUCCCAGCCAUCACAGUCUAACUUUUUCUCAAAUCUUAUAAUAUUGUAUCCUUCAUUCAAUUCAUUAACCUCAUCUUGCCAUCUUCCUCUUGCACCAGGCCAUAAACUUCUGUCAGUAUCUUUCUCUCGAAAAUUGAGCUUCAUCUUUUUUCUUUUUCUUUAUGACCCAGGUUUCACAACCAUAGGUUACUACGGGUCUAAUCAAUGUUUUGUAGAUAGUGUAGAUAUUAAUUUUGGUUCUUUUGUCCAACAAUUUCGAUGUCAUCAAUCUUUUAUUAGCAUAGUAUUGUCCUUUUCAUGAUCAUUUUUCAGUGCGUAACAAAUGAUAGGAAAAAGGGUAAGUCCGUGAUAAUAUACAUUAAUGACAUUUUAGUUAAAUCUGACAGUUGUCACAUUUUAUUUUCAAUUUGGAAUAAAAACAAAUCAAAUGUGUUUCUUGCAUUUAUAAAAUGGUAUUUUGUUUGAUAUGUAUAGUCUUAUAAAUUAUACAGAUAUCCAGAUUUAGCCAUACGGCUCACACUCCCUCUGAGGGGAAAAUUGACUCAUCCCAGAUACCUACGGUAUCAAAAGGAUUGAGCUCUGGUGGGACUCUUUCCGUGUUAUCGAGCCCUAGGUGACUUGGAAUGCAGGUGUAUCUCCCAAAAAUUUUCGUACACAUCUGGCCGUCGCAAGUAGUACAGCUUUCUGCAUGGUCUUAUAAAGAUGUUCAUUGAGACCCAGCUUUUUAUGCUUUCGAGGAGGGUCUUCGGAAUGACUCCAGUAGUAGACAUAACAAUAGGUAUCGUCUGGGUACUUUGCAUUCUCCAUUGUCUCCGUAUUUGAAUUUCCAGAUCUCUAUACUUGGCGAUCUUUUCAGUAAAUUUACUACGUAGAUUAUUGUUGUUAGGUAUCGCCACAUCAAUUAGUGUUGUUUGUCUUGUUAAUUUAUUAACUAGUACGAGAUCUGGUCUAUUAUGUGCCACUGUUUGGUCUGUGAGCACAGUGCGGUCCCAGUAUAGCUUGUAGUUGCCAUCCUCAAGCAUACUCUCAGGAACGUAUUGAUAAUAUGGGAGAUGGUCCGUUUGGAGAAGUCCCAGCUUGUUAGCUAUCUCUUGAUGAAGGAUUUUUCCCACUGCGUCAUGCCGUUCCUUGUAUUCAGUUGCAGCAAAUGCCUGGCAGCCCCCUGUAAUAUGUUGGAUGGUUUCUUGGGCUUGACAUCCAUAUCGGCAUCUGCCGUUUUGAACCUGAGGGUCUUUGACGAUAUAUUUCAGGUAAUUUCUGGUUAGUAUAACCUGAUCCUGAAUGGCCAGUAAUGAACCCUCCGUUUCAGGGAACAUCUUUCCUGAUGUCAACCAAUAGUUCGACGCUGUGUUGUCGACAUAGUCUUGGCUGACCUCAUUGGGAUGCCGCCGGUGCAGAGGUUUACCCAUCCAGGUGCGCAGUUUUUCGUCCUUAGUAAGGUGGUUUAUGCGCAUUUCUGGUUCCCUCAGUUUGAUCGGUGUUGUGUCAUCUACUGCGCAAAUUGCGCGGUGUAGAGUAGAUGUCUCAGCCUGCAUCUGAAAAUAAGUUCUUAAAUUAGCAAUCUGUUUAUCUAAUUGCUCACCUAUAUCCAUAAGUCCUCUUCCUCCUAAAUACCGGGGUAAUGUCGUUCGUUCUACUGCACUUUUAGGGUGGUGUUUUUGUGCCUUUGUGAGGUGUGUUCGUACUUUUCGCUGAAGAUUUUCUAUAUCCGUUUUUGUCCACUUAACAAUACCAAAUGAAUAGCUAAGCGCGGAACAAGCGUAGGUGUUUAGUGCCUUAAACAAAUUUUUACUGUUAAGCUGUGAGCGAAGCAGCUGUUUUACCCUUCGUAUAAACUCAGUAGUUAUCUCAGUUUUCAUUUGCUUAUGGUCAAUUUUCCGCGCCUGCUUUACUCCAAGAUAUUUGCAGGGCCGGCGAUAACGGGCCUGCAAGGGAUGCACUGCAGGCGGGCGCCCCUGUUUGGGGGGCGCCAAAAUGACCUUUUUUCUGUCGGUGCUAUACAAAAUACUAAUUUAAAAGACACCGAAGGGCGCCUAUGCUUCUUUUGCAGGCGGGCGCCUUAUACCCUAGCGCCGGUACUGGAUAUUUGUACAUAUCGUUAUCGCCCAUGGCCUCGAUGUUCUGGCCAUUUUGCAUAUCGAAUCCUCCGGGCUGUACUUUUCCUCUGACUAUAUUCAAAACACGGCACUUGUCUAGACCGAACUGCAUACUAAUAUCAUUAGAGAAUGUUUCUACAGUUUUUAGCAUCUCUUCUAGGUGUUCUCGAGUGGAAGCCAUUAAUUUCAAAUCAUCCAUAUACAACAGAUGAUUGAGCUUCGCUACCACAGUAUUAUUGCUUUUAAUGCUAAAACCUGAGUCAGUGGAGUUUAAUAGCUGGGAAAGGGGGUUCAAAGCUAAACAGAACCACAAUGGACUCAACGAGUCUCCUUGAAACAGGCCCCGGUUGAUUGCGAUAUUUUCGGUUUCGAUAUUGUUUUCACCAGGUAUUUGGAGGUGAAUUUUAGUCUUCCAAUUUCUCAUUAUAUGCCUUAAAAAGGUCACUAUGUUAUCAUCGACUUUGUAUAUUUUCAAUAUAUCUAUUAGCCAUUCAUGCGGUACUGAAUCAAAGGCCUUUUUAUAGUCAAUAAAAGCAGUAAAAAGGUUCCUUUUUUUAGUGAAUGCCUGGUUAGAAAUGACUGAGUCGAUGAUAAGCUGUUCUUUGCAACCCAUGGAACCCUUAGCGCAUCCUUUCUGUUGAGGCUCUAUGAUAUUGUUUAGAGCACAGUGUUGGUAGAUACGCCGGGUUACACAGGAUGUGACCAAUUUAUACAAAGUUGGAAGACAAGUAAUUGGGCGGUACUUGGAUGGAUCUUGGGUGUUAUUUUGAUCCUUGGGUAUUAAAUAAGUAGUUCCCUGAGUUAGAAAUGAUGGUAAUUCCUGCGGAUUAGAAAUAACAUGAUUAAUUAAUGUUGAUAAGCACUCAUGAAUACUCCAAAACUUUUUAAGCCAGAAGUUCUGAACUCCGUCUGGUCCAGGAGAUUUCCAGUUAUGAAGCUCUUUGAUGACAUUUGAGACUUCUUCAGUCGUGAAUGGUUCGUAGUUAGCAGUGACGUAAUGGUGACAGUUGUGCGUCGUAUCUUCUAUCCAGCCAGCAUUGUUGUUAAAAGCAGCUGGUGUGGAAAGUUGAUUUCCCCAAAACUCAUGAAUUUCAUCUUGGCUUGGGUAAGACUUGUCGACACUUUCUACGGUGGAAUUGAGUUUUCGGUAGAACGCCUUCUCAGAGUUCUCAAAAAGUGCAUUGUCACAUUUUCGGUUGUUACUAACUUUAUACCUUCUUAAUCGUCCUGAAUAGACGGAGAGUUUUUGUUUUAAUGUAUCCAGACACUGUUGGGCUGUGUUAUUUUCUGGAUCGUAUCUCGAGUGUCUUGCAGUGCUCCGUAUUAUUUCUUCAGCUCUCUUAAUGACUUUUCUACUUGUUACACCUCUUAUAUAUUCUGUGACUUGACCAAUAUCCCUACGCAGUAAUUCAAUUUUUCCGAGAAGUCUUUUUUCCCAGGGUGCAAUUCUGUUACCAGUCCUUCCGUUAUUAGUACCCCGUCGUGUUCUGAUCUUAACGCCCAUUACAUUGGCAAUUGCUGUUGCUGCACAGUAGAUUAGCAUAUGCAGAUACUCCAAUGUGUGGGCUUCUACGACAUAAUUGGGUAGGACUUCAGUGUUCACAAUUUGUAACAGCGCACCUAGUUUCUUACAAGAGUUUAUUCGUGGUAGCGGUGGUCUGCUAAGUGGAUUUGUUCCAUUAAACUCUUGUACGGCACGAGCCAUUUCGUUUUCUAGACUAUCGCGCAACUCGUUGUUUUCCUGCUGUGUAUUGUCAGGUUGAGUUUCUGGUAUGGGAAUCUCAGGAAUCUGCUCAUCAAGGAUUUCAUUAGGGACUUGAUCUAAAACUAGCUCUUGGUUAUUAAUCUCCCGUUCGACUUCGCUUUUGAUCGUAUUAGACUAAGAGCCGCUAUAGGUGAAAUUUCUUAAUCAUUUUAGGCACGACGGGACCCUAUAACUUAAAUAGUAGAACCUAAAAGAAAAGGUUUGAACACUGUGCCGUCACUUUUCAGUGGCACAUGCGUCGACAGUGGCGCAUCAAACUUUCCACUUAUGGACGGGAUACAUAAAUUAAAAAAUACCUUCCCUCACUACCAGGAUUCAAUUUUUUUCAUUUAUUUAAGUUCUAUGUGAUUGAGACAUAAGAUUCAUCGUAAUUUUAACCCACCACCCCCUUCCCCCGGCCCCCACCAUCAAAAACUUCAUUUUUCGAUUUUAUUUUUUUUGGUGGGAUGCAAUCAAUUUUAAAAUUUCAAAAAAUUCACACGCAUAGUUAAGGCUUUUAUAAAACACGUAUAUUUUUUAUAGACCUGUAGGUUAUGUUUACAUAACAUCAAAAAAUUUAAAAAAAAUUUUUUUUGGAAAAAAAUAUAUAACUUUUUUUUGGGGAUAGCUACAGAUCUAAUUUUUUCUUAGUCUUGUGUAUUUUAUCAAACACUAUAUUUUUAAAUUUUUUCAGAUUUUUCUGUAACGCUGGUCACCUUCAAAAAUCCAAAAAAACUGUUUUUUAAGGGGGUUUUGAACGUGUUUCUCCCAUUUUUAAAUAUUCUAAAGGACUCACUUACUUUAAGUUACAUAUAUCCUAUAAAAUCGAAAUUGAUUUGAUAUAUUAUGAAGUCUAUAAAAUAGGGAAAAUCCCCCAAAACCCCCCAAAAAGCAGUUUUUCGGAUUCUUGAAGGCGGCGAGCAUUACGGAAAAAUCUAAAAAAAAUUAGAAAUAUAGUGUUUGAUAAAACACACAAGAUUAAGAAAAAAUUAGACCUGCAGCUAUUCCCCAUAAAAAGUUAUACGCUUUUAAAAAAAAAAAUUUUUUUUAAUUUUUUGAGGUUAUGUACACUCUACCUACAGGUCUGUAAAAAAUAGAUAUGUUUUAUAAAAGCCUCAACUAUGCGUGUGAAUUUUUUGAAAUCUUAAAAUUGAUUGCAUCCCAGCAAAAAAAAAUAAAAACGAAAAAUGAAGUUUUUGAUGGUGGGGGCACGGGGAAGGGGGUGGUGGGUUAAAAUUACGCUGAAUCUUAUGUGUUAAUCACAUAGAACUUAAAAAAAUAAAAAAAUUGAAUUCUGUUAUUAAGGGAGGGUACCUUUAAAUUUAUUUAUCCCGUCCAUAAGUGGAAAGUUUGAUGCGCCACUGUCGACGCAUGUGCCACUGAAAAGUGACGGCACAGUGUUCAAACCUUUUCUUUUAGGUUCUACUAUUUAAGUUAUAGGGUCCCAUCGUGCCUAAAAUGAUUAAGAAAUUUCACCUAUUCGCUCCGAGCGUUAACAAAGUGUCAAAGCAAAAUCGACCGACCUGCUCAUGGUGGCGGUUUUUUGAAAUUUUAUAAGGACGCUUUGUGUAUGUUUAAAUGAGACAUUUAAAAAAAAUGCCGUAUCACGCUAGUGAUAUUAUGUAUUAAUAUAAACAGCAAAUAAAAACGCACUUAAUCUGAUAUAAAUUCUUCACUUUCCAAUAUUGAUCAUCAGUUUGAUUUUGUAUACAUAACCUCACUAUCUCAGUUUAUGUCAAUAAAUCUUUAUUAACGAAAAAGAAAAUAUUUUUGUUGCACUAUAAAUUACAGAAUAAAUUAAUAACUAAUGAAUUCUAACAAUGGUAUUCAGUUAUUAUCACUAUAAAAUAAAAUAUUCAAGUUUAACAAAAUAAUCCCAUAAGACUCAAUGUUAAAACGUCCUUACAAAAUCUGACAGCGUGUCACGUGACUGUGAGUAGAGGGGAGACGCACGGAGCCAAUAGCGGCUCUUAGUCUAUAUUGCGUCUAGUCUCUGGGAUAAGGUUGUUUCUUAUGAUUACCCGGUAUUGGGACCGUGCAAGUUCGGCAAAGCGACCUCUAUUUCUACGCUCUGUACUUUUAUUCGCACUUUUAAUUAUAUUGGCCAAUUAUAUUAGUCCUGGUUGCUGGAUAAUUGUCAAGGCCAUAGUCCAAAAAAAUAAUAAGAAAAAAUAAGAUGCAGGUUAUGUUAUGCAAACAUAAACAAUUGUAUGUAGUAAAUAAAAUUAGUUAUUAAAAUGCAGUACUGCAAGCAAAAUACAAUUAAUUAAAUUUACCUUUAUAUAAUAAUUGCAUAUCAUAUCAAUAUUGUGGAGCAAUAUAUAAUUUUUCUGCUUCAAUGACAGAAGGUAUGAAAUAUACGUCAAUUUGACAAUUUCAAUUGACAAUAUGAAUUAUUUAAAAUAGUUGCAAUAUUUCUCCGCGACUCGCGCACGGUCGUUUCUCGUUUCCCUUUCCAAGUACUUGCACACCGCGAAUACAGAUUAUAUUUGUAAUAUUAUUAUCUAAUUCAAAAAAAAUAUUUUUUUAUUAUAGCGCCAUCUAUCGACAACUAGAAUAACUAGAAUAAAUGUUAUAAAAAUGUCACCGAUGAAAUGUAAUCACCGACGUGCCUUUUUUUCUGUCACAUACAAUUUAAUGCGUUAGAAAGAAAUCGAAAAACUGUGACGCACUGAAAGAUGAUCAUGAGAAAUACUGUAUACGAUUCCCACUGGAAAUACAUGUACUAAUUUCACUACUUACGGAAUUCUUCUGAUUGAUUUCUGUGCCCAGAAUAGAUAUGUGUAGGCAUCCACACAUUCAAUAGUAUAGUUAUAAUAUAACUAGAAUAGUAAAAAUUCUGGUUAACAUUUGUAUGAAAACUGCAGAAAAUAUGAAAACUAACUUGAGAAAAAAAUUGAUUUUAAAAUAAUAUGGCUCCACAAGCUAUGCGCAAAAUCGCUUGUCUUAAAAUUGGUGUUCUUUAGGAUUUGGUAAACUUGCAGAACCAAGGGUGACUACUUAAUUCAUCACCGCUCCUUUUUAAUGGACUCCUUCCAUGGAAGUCGCGAUGCACGUGGGACGGUACCGUCAAAAACCACGAAAGAUUCGGAAUUCGGAAGUUGUUUCACCGUUGAAGCCCGGAAGCGAAGUCGUAGAGUCGUACCUUCUGUCCUAAAUGUACUCAACGGAGCAUGUCCAUUUGUAUAUGCGCAAAGCGAUUUUUGUGCUUGUGGAUGAGUAAAAUUGAUAUUGAGCAUUUAUGUAAAUUAGAAGACGCACAAGGUUACUCUGCAUCAUUUUUAAAGAGGGCAGAGAACAGCCACUAAAUAUAAUUAUUAAAUUAUCUAAAACUUAUUUUACCCGAAAUAAAUAAAUAUUAGAAUGAUAGUCAAUAUAAAAUAAAGAAAUAAGGAUUCCCGGACAACAUUUAUAAAAUCCAUAAAAUCGGCCAUAGACGAAAUACUACCAUACCAAUGUAACAUGACACAGGGUGGCAAAUAAAAUUUCGACCAAUCACGUGCCAAAUUGCAUACAAUUUUCGGUAAAAGAACUUGCAUAGUGUCAUACAGGGCACAUAUGUACGUGCAAGAAACGAUACAAGAAAAAUUUUAUGUCAGAAAUGAUAUAAGAACAUGCAUAGUGUCAUAUGGCCUUUACACUUUUGGCCAAGAAACGCAUAAGCGCCCAAUACUCUUCUGUUUUUUAUGGCAUCGAGGCGAUUCGCCAGCGCCCAAUACUCUACAAGGAGAUAGUUAUAGAUACCUAUUUAUUAUGUGCGUGUGUGGAGAGAGAUGGCAUUAGACAAAAGGCGCGUUCCAAGUGACAUGGAAACCGUCCUUCGUACUGCCCUCGUCAUGCGCAUUAUAAAAAAUGCGUUCCAAGCGAACAUGAACGAUGAUUGGUAUCGUACACCGUGUUGUUCCAAGCGAUCCAUGUACCGCUUCGAAAUCGGUAACUGAACGGCCCUUUUGAUACAUGCCUUCAAGCAGAAACUAUUUGUACUGACUUGCGCAGUUAGGAUUGUUUUCAGUUUUACUGGUCACUGCCAUGUCACUGCUAUGAGAUCAGCUGAUGAUUCAAUAAUAGAAUAAUCCACAAUUUACGCUAUUAGUACCUGUGAAUCUUGAUUUCCGUUUAAAUAAUUAUUAAUUCUUUUUUUUUUUUCAAAUUAAUCUUAUAAAAAUGGAUAAUUUAUUAUUUUCUUUUUUCAUAGAAGACAACGAUUUAAUGUCAGAUAUCGAUUCUGGGGAAGGUUUUGAAGCUGAAGUGAUGUUUAAUGAACAUAAGUCCACUUUACAUCAACAAUAAAUUGAACAAGAAAUUGACAAAGUUAUUUAAGGUCAAAUUUGGCUUAUACAAAACACAAUUCUACAUCCAAUUUUGCCGUGAAUAAAAAGAAAAUUGACAAAAUAUAACAUAUCCAAUUGUUCUAUUUCAUCAGAUUAUUUCACUUUCUUUUACAAACCAUACAUUUUGUACUCGUCAAAUUUGGUAUUGAAUAACUUUGUCAAUUUCUUAUUCAAUUUAUUGUUGAUGUAAAGUGGACAUUAGAAAUAUUAAUUUCUAACCAUCUAGCAAACUACUACUAUUAUAGUGGUACAGUGGUACUCGCACUGAAAAUGGCUCAGGCGCAACUCGAACUUGAAAUGGUACACGAAUUCGUUCCAAGAGGGUUAUGUACCGGUAAUCGGAUCGAGAUCGAAAGAAAACCGUUCAAGGGCGAUUCUGCGCAUUAAAACAGUCGAAUCGAUUUCGUGGCGGUUCAAGGGAUCGUACAAAUGUGUCGUCUUGGAACGAACCUAAAGAAUCUUUUUGCCACAGAAUUUUGUUAUAAAGAUGUUUAAAUUUUUAUCUUGCAAUCGUUUAUAAACUUGAUUAAUAAUAUAGAUUUGUCAGAAUAAGAUAACAGAUUCUUGAUGUUAACUGGUAGGUUAAUGUUGAGGUCAGUUAGACCUAAAUAUAAGUUCCGAGUCUGAUCCCUAUGAUUAAGACAAUCGAAUAAUACAUGGUUCAAAUCUAUGAUAGAUUCAUUAUUACACGGACAAAAUGGAGUUUUAUAGAUUCCAAUCCUAUGAAGAUUGGUCUGGAAAAAUCUAAGUGGUUAAAUGGUUACUUUAUUAUAGCUGUAGUUAGAAUAAGGAAUGUUUUUUUGGUAAUAAUGGAUGAAUAGAAAAGUAAUGGUUUCUUGAUGUCUUCUGAAUCCCUUUAUAUUUUGACCUUCACCUUUCCCUACCAACACUCCUGAUAAUACAAAAUAGAUCUUUUAAGUUGAAUUUGUUUGUAAUUUUUUAUAUCUCAGAUGUAUUUUUUGACAUUCUAUCCACUAUUUCGUUUCCAAUUACCCCACUGUGUCCUGUCAGAGUAAAGUCAAUGUUUUCUUUGUGAAUUUAAGUUCAUGUAAUAAUUUAUUGAAUCAAGGAUAAUGGAGUUUUGGAAAUUAUCUACUGGAGAUGACUACAAAUAGCUUGUAACACUGCCUAAGAAUACCUAUUAUUAUGAUAAAUUAUUGUUAUAUAAAUUGACAAGUCUAAUAGCAUAAUAUGUUUACUCAAACUCAAUAAAUUUUAAUACCUAUGCAUAUCUAUAAAUCUUUUGUACAACACUGUAAUUUUAAAUGUUUUGGGUUAUUUUUUCACGAAUAUAUGAAUUUUAAGAAA